AUGGGCUGUUUUCCACCCUCCCCCACAACUCUCAAAACUCACUUCCACCCACACCCCAAUCCUCUUCCUACAAUCCAUGGCUACCUCCACAGAGCCACCCCGCCACAACCUACUUCCUCCACUCCUCUCUUCACACCUGGCCCCCUUGAACCUGUCCCCCUGAACCAAAGCUCACCACCGACCCACUCAAGAACACCCACUCCCACCAACCAACAAACCUUAUCCCAAGCUGACCCAUCCCCCACGCCUGCCCCCUCCACCGCCUCAAUCCCAUCAACAUUCACCCCACCACUCUCAUCGCCGCCGCUGUUUUCUGCCCCAUCCCCAGAACACAGCCUCUCCACGCAAGACGCCUCGCAGUUGGCACCACCUGACAACAUCCAACCAACUCCUGGCCACACUACUCCACCCAUCCCGGACGACGCCCUCUCACUGUACCAUCCCAGCCCCAAUUCAUCACCACCACUAACCCUGGAUGAACCCGAACCUACUCCAGAAGACCCCACCGACAACUUCACCCCACGUUCCCUCAUCCAUGGCAUCACACACCACCCAACCAAUGACCAACGCAAAUCACUUCUCGCAUCCAUCAACACCCAAAUCUCCCACCUACGUGCACUCGUCGCAGAGGACAUUCCACCAUCUCCACCAUCACCUGCCGCUGACAUAUCUACAAACACCCCAGGUGUAGUGGCCGGUGAAGAUAACUUGCUGUCACCAUCCACCUGCAGCACAGGGACUUCACCCGGCUCCUCUCUGGGGGACAAAUGCGCAGCUACUGCUCUCCAACGCCUCAUGGAGAUUCGGGGUAAUACCUCCAGUAGCCCUCAACCUCCCUCCACAUUUCAACCCACCGAACACAGCCAUGAUCACCGCACGCAAGACAUCGCACCGCCCAUCCCAAUUUCCAAGCAGACUAACCCACACUACCGCCAACGACGAACCUCACACAACUCAUCCUGCGACCCCCUCCCACCACCCGCCGUAUCACUCACCCCACCACCCACCGAACCACUUAGCCCACCAACACCAACUUCUUCAUCAACAUCCAACCUGGCCGACUUGCCGACGAUAACAUCCCGUCGCACCAACCUCGGCCCACGUGAGCCGGACCGUAUUCCACCACCCGACACGACCCCAGGCACCCCUCUGAUGAUGAAGAUGGUGUUGAUGGCUUCUACAACGAAGAACAACCUCCAUCCACUGACGACCAGACCACCCUUCUCCUCUUCAGAGAAAUGGCGGUCUACAUUCACAAGACUCCUCCUGGGCUGA